UGUUCCAUCGUUGGUGUCAGUGGGGGGUGGAAUAGUGCCCCAUCGUUAGUGUCAGUGGGGGGUGGAAUAGUGCCCCAUCAUUGGUGUCAGUGGGGGGGGAGGAAUAGUGCCCCAACAUUGGAGUCAGUGGGGGGGAGGAAUAGUGCCCCAUUGUUGGUGUCAGUGGAGGGUGGAAUA